CUACUAGUUUUUGAGCUAAACAUUUUAAUUUAUGUCACCUUCCAAAUAUAUUUUCAGGUUUCUUAAUAGAACCACAGGUAUCAGAAAAGUCAUUCCUUGUUGUCAUACAUGGGUUAGAGGGAACAAAGAAAAGUUGAACCGUAAAAUAUGUUGGAUCCUAACAAAUGUAUUGAAAUGGGAAUAUUUUUUACUCUCACAAUGAUCCUCCAUCUCUCUUCCACCUAUGUCACAACUUGAAAAGGGUCUGAUCGUUUAUCAACUAGCUGUCAAAGUCAGGGGACCCCCGCAGACUUGACAUGUUAAAGAGGUUCGGAGAACUUCCAGAGAUUUUACUACCGACUCUCUUCUGGAUCUGAAGAACAAACAUUCGACCAAAGUAACCCGGACGGGCUGGUUGCUGAAGAACGAUUUAAAAUAUAACGGCAACGUGCGACGCCCCCGCGCUGACAAAUACGAUAUGUUGUGUGACAAUUUGUGUUUUUUGGUUUUUUUUCUAACUGUGUUAGCUUUUGAGACUGUUUUGACUUCAAGAUGCGAGGAAUUAGUUGCUUUGUCUACUUUGGAAGAUAAACAAACUGUUGUGGAUACUAAUUUGGAAUUACUAGCUGGAACUUGGAUUUCCGAGGGAUGUGAAACACGUCCAGGUCCGGAAUAUGUAAUUCGAUAUUACCAAUUUGGCGACAAGGGAAAUUUCACCCUCAUCCAGCAUCAUUAUUGGGAUGAAAGCUGUUCUUCUCCGAAACUUACGUUAACCGCAACCGGACGCCUGUCGCUGAGGAAUUCUUUGAUACAACCUGGAGCUAGCACUGGUUACCCGAAACUUCGGAAUAUUACCGUUAUUCCUCAAGAUGUCAAUGCUGCCAAAGAAUUGGAUCGAUUUGUAGCCGCAAAAUGUCCAGGUCAGUAUUGGAAGACUUGGAGACGCUAUGAGGAACACCUGGUGUACGAAAAUAAAAACACGGUGAGAAGAAAAUUACCGGCAUACUUAUCCACAGUUCACAAUUUCCACUCUGUGAACAGCCAGAGGAACGUCCUUCAUGCAUCUGGCCACAUAUCCUGCCUUGGUUCUUUGAAAUGGGCCUUCAAUGAGAUCAAACUCAUCAAAAUUCAGCUGAGGCCUCUUUCAGCUAGUCGAAUCAAGAAAUUGAAAGAAAUGAAGAUGGAGUUGCUUCUGGGAGAUAUUCAUAGCAAUCCCCAUCUGAGGGAGGUCUACAAUCCAACGAGUUUCCAAGUACCUCUAUUGAAAUAUUCUGAUAACGAAAUAGUUACCGUUAACAAACACCCUUACUUGAUCAAGAACACGAACACCAUGAUGUCUAAUGUCUUCACCAAUGCCAAAAUCCCACCUCAUCUAUUGGUUAAAUUGAAUCUCCCCCCUUACAUAUGGGGAGAAUGGACCUCCGUGAGAUGUGAGAUAAGAAACAUGGGCCUCUACCUCAAACGUCUGUUCUACUUUUAUUCGGAAGAUUCAACAUGGAUUGGUGAACAUAAGUUUUACUCCGACCCUUUCUGCACUGUUAUUAGGUUUUCUGUCACAGCUGCUGGUUAUAUGAAUACUGUAGGAGAAAGCAAAGUUAUCGAAGGAUCUUACGACAUUGAUUUCAAUAUAGAAAGAGCUAGUCUUACAGUUAUGGACCAGAGAAUGAUAACGGACAUGCAUCUUACAGACACGUGUGGCCUAGAUGAAUGGGUAGUUAACGUACCGAAAGAAUUGAGCUCAACUAAAGGAUGCCUCCAACUUGGUAUAGUUCUUCCUUCUGUUCUUCAAGACAUCGUGAAAAUCGAGAUGGAUUUUAGAGGUUCGCUGAUUCUGUUCCUUGGACAAUCAGAUAGUGAUAACUUGCCAAGCUUGAUGAAAGAAAGACCAACGGCUUUUCAGCCUCCCCUGAUGAAAUGCGGAGAUGUGACAGCCUACUCUCAAGAGCUAAGGGAUAUUUUGUAUGACGAUUUAGAAAUUAGUAAUGAGGGUAACAGAUUCUUUCAGAUUCCUGUUGUGAUGUUGACAAUGUCGUUGGUAAUUUGUUAUGUACAUAUAUCUUGAUGAACACUAGAAAACGAUUAAGAAAGGUAGGAGCAUAUCGGAGUAGGGGUGACCAGUAUUGAA